GGCCACGCCCCUACCCCGCGUCCCUGCCGCCGUGCCGGUGGCCGCGGACUGGAGCUGCGGCGGCCGUCACCUCGGACCGAGAGGAGGCCGAGUGGGUUCGCACGCCGCUGCUAUGGGGAACCGCGUGUCACGAGAUGACUUCGAGUGGGUCUACACCGACCAGCCCCACGCCGACCGGCGCAAGGAAAUCCUGGCAAAGUAUCCAGAGAUCAAAUCCUUAAUGAAGCCAGACCCCAACCUGAUCUGGAUCAUAGUCAUGAUGCUCCUCUCCCAGCUGGUUGCUUUUUACUUGGUGAAAGACAUGGACUGGAAAUGGGUAAUUUUUUGGGCCUAUGUCUUUGGCAGCUGCCUUAACCACUCAAUGACUCUGGCUAUCCAUGAGAUUUCCCACAAUUUCACCUUUGGCCACCACAAGGCUCUGUGGAAUCGCUGGUUUGGAAUGUUUGCCAAUCUCCCUAUUGGGCUUCCAUACUCUGUUUCCUUCAAGAGGUAUCACAUGGAUCAUCACCGCUACCUCGGAGCUGAUGGCAUUGAUGUGGAUAUUCCUACUAAUUUCGAGGGCUGGUUUUUCUGCACCACUUUCAGAAAGUUCGUGUGGGUUGUUCUUCAGCCUCUCUUUUACGCUUUCCGACCACUGCUCAUCAACCCCAAACCAAUUUCUUCUCUGGAAAUUAUCAAUACUGUGGUGCAGGUCAUUUUUGACAUUAUAGUGUACUAUGUUUUUGGAAUUAAAUCUUUAGUCUACAUGUUGGCAGCAUCUCUACUUGGCCUGGGUUUGCACCCGAUUUCCGGACACUUUAUAGCUGAGCAUUACAUGUUCUUAAAGGGGCAUGAAACAUACUCAUAUUAUGGACCUCUGAAUCUUCUCACCUUCAAUGUGGGCUAUCAUAAUGAACACCAUGACUUCCCCAACGUUCCUGGGAAAAACCUUCCACUGGUGAGGAAAAUAGCAGCUGAAUACUAUGAUGAGCUCCCCCACUACAAUUCGUGGGUGAGAGUACUGUAUGAUUUUGUGAUGGAUGACACAAUAAGUCCCUACUCAAGGAUGAAGAGGCCUCCAAAAGGGAACGAGGUUCAGGACUAAAUGAAUGAACACUGUCAGAGCCAAAGGAAUUCCUCUCCAGAGCUUUAUGGUAGCUGAUAAGUGGAAUUUCUUUCUUGUUAAACUUCUGAUAAGUGAUGCUCAGAAGCUGCGCUGGCACAGUUCCAGCUAGGACCUCCAUGAUGUCAAGAGGCUGCCCCCGCUUGAAGCAGGCAGCUCAACUCCUGCACUCACCUUUGCUCAUUCAUUGUUUUAUCGUUACUGAGGGUGUCUUUACCCAUGUCUGUCAUAUUAUAAGCAUAUCAUAAAAAGCUUAUUGUUAUUUUCACUCUAUAAAGUUUUACUUGAUUAAAACAUUUAAUAAACUGAACUGUUAAUCACAGUCUAUUAAUACUCACUGCAUUUUUGUGUUUUAGUGUCUGUAUGAUACAGUCACCAGGAUCCUGAGGGAAUGCUUUAAGAUUUCAUUAAAAAUUUCUUUAAGACUUGAGCUCAUACAGUAUUGUAUACCCAUUUCCUCUGAAUUGAAGGGAAGAGGAAGGCUUGAAGACUCAGGAAGUACCCCAUCACAAAGUCCCUCCCCAGUUUAGAAAGACAGUAAGAAUCUGCUGGGGAGAGGAUACUCUGGUGGCACUGUCCGAACAUCAGAGCUCCAGGAAUGCAGCUCUUGUGAGUCAUCACCUGUGCUGGGGUGGGCUCUUCAGGGAUGCAGCUGCCUUUCAGUCACUUGUGCUCCUGAGUAGCCCCUCGCCCACACUCCUGUAAGUAACCCCAAUAAACUUACUGGUUUACCAAGCUAAACUUGGGUGGAAUCAUUUCUUUGAUCUGUCUUUGUUAUGUGAUCUAGAAUGGACAGUUUCCAUGUGGGCCCAGGAAAAGUCAUACACAUGUAAAAGGUUGAGAUGGAAGUGUCUCUUUGUAAGCUGAAUUACUGUUUAGUUUUUACUAUUAUAAUGUUUAUAAUGUGACCUAAAUUAGACACUGCUGGAUCCUGAACUGCCUUACUCAUGAAUAAAACCCUUAAUAAAUUUAAUUUCCAGUA